UUGCACUUUUGCAUUUGUGUGCGUGAAAACUAGUAUUGAUGUAAACAUUCCCUUGUCAUUUGGUUACAGAGCGUUUCGAAGAGUGUUUGGAAAUCUUUGCAGGCGCUUCUGGUCAUGUAAACAGCUGAUAGUUUUAUUCUCUUUGUGCUAGUGAUAGUGUCCAAUUUAAAAUUCUAGUGUUAUACUUUUACACAAUUAUUUUUUUUAUUCGAACAUUCUUUGUUAUGAGUGGAAGGCGUUCACGUAAUUACAAAAUACAAAAGAGUUAACAUCAACAAUAAAUAGGAGCCUCAACCAGGUUCAAAAUGCCGUCGCUCUUAGAAGCACUCGAGAGGAAGUACGGGGCUAAGGGUGAGGUGAACCCCUCAAUAGAUGAUAUGCCCGUAGCUAUUUUUGUGCCUAAGCGUUCACCGAGACUAAGUGUGCCUACACUUCUAGUCCUGAAUGAUUGUGAUAUAGAUUGUGCUGGAGACGCAACAGUCUUAGCGGAUAAGUGCGCAGAUGUAGUGGAGCUUGAUCUCGCCAACAAUAAGCUCACCGAUUGGAAAGAGGUAUUUGCGGUACUAGAGCAGACACCUAGAGUGAGAUUCUUGAAUUUAAGCUUCAAUCGCCUAUCUGCACAACUUCAAGCUGCUCAAUCGCUUCACUCGCGUUGGGACAGUUUAAGCAACCUCGUCCUAAACUCUACUUAUGUUGGAUGGCCCAGUGUACUUGGUCUACUUAAAGCUCUGCCAGCUCUAGAAGAGCUGCAUUUGAGUCUCAAUGAGUAUUCGUACGUAGAUCUCAGUGGAAAAGAAGUGAAUGAGAAGGACCGAUGUGAAGAGUGCUCUCGUCUAAGGUGCGACCAGACGGAACCUGUUCAUGAACAGCUAAAGAAGCUACACUUCUCUGGCAAUCCGAUAAGCAGCUGGAGUGAGAUAUCGAAACUCGGCUACGCUUUCCCCAACUUGGAAACUCUUUUAGUAAAUGACUGUCAUAUUACAACUCUGGAGCCUGAUCCGUGUGAGAAAUGUGACGAUAGCAAUGGAAAUAAGAAAAGUCACGAUGCCUUUUCUCGACUUCGGUUCCUGAACCUGAAUAAUACUGGACUGGCAACAUGGGACGAAGUGGAUCGACUGGCUCAGUUUCCGGCUUUAAAAAGUUUAAGAGUGCAGGGCUGGCCGCUAUGGGAGCGCGUGGAGUCCACGGAGCAUGAGCGGCGUCUACUGCUAGUUGCUCGUCUGCCACACGUGAGGACUCUGAACGGAGGGGGCGCGGUACCUCCGGAGGAGCGUGACGCGGCUGAGAGGGCGUUCAUCAGAUACUAUAUGGAGAAGCCUGAGGCUGAUCGACCUGAUCGUUACUGGGAGCUGGUGGGCGUGCACGGCAAACUGGACCCGCUGGUGUCGGUGGACCUGCGGCCCGAGAAGCGAGUGCAGAUCACGUUCACGUGCGGCGACACCAGCGAAGUGAGGACCGUCGAUGUCUACAGGACGGUAUCGGAUUUGAAGUCUCGUCUAGAGCGGCUGGCGGGAUUUCCAGCCUCCAAAAUGAGGCUUUUCUAUGUGGACCAAGAACUGAGAGACACUCAGGCUUUCCAGGGUCCCGAAGAAAUGAAAUAUCCAACAAAGCAGCUGUACUCUUACAACAUUCGCUCCGGUGAUGAAAUUAUAAUCGAUUCUAAGUUGAAACACUCGAUAUCCGCCAACUCGACCGCGUGAGGACAUUGACACGUUGCCAAUUCUUGACUGGAGAAGUGAAGCUUACCAGAGACAUUAUAAUUUUCCCACAGAUAAUAAAAAUGAUUAUAAGAAAUGUACCUAAUAUUGUCUAAUAUCCUGUAAAAUUGGCGUCGAUUGAGACACUGACGUUUCACGGUGUUUUUCUUUGCAAAAUAUUAUUUAUUAAACUCCACACUGCUCUCAUUUACGGUCAGAAGAUCCAAAUUCUUUGGCAUUCACCUUUAUGUAUAACUUUUGCGUGGUACAUAAAUAUGAAGCACAGUACAUUCGAUCAAAUACCUACAUGAAUCUUAAAAGAAGUUAAACAUUAUUGUUUAAUUUCAGACUGGUUAAAUAAAAAAAGCAGAAGGUACAUACAUAUAUAUAUUUGUAUGUAAUCUUUGGCACUGUAAUUAAAUUUAAACAGUAUUCUACUAUUAAAUUGUUGACUAUUGAAAACCACUGAACCAACAUAAAAAAGCCGCUCUCACAAAAUAAAAUAAUUGACCUAAAUUGUGCCAAGUGCUAUUUUCAUGGAGUUUUGUGAAAUAAAUGCUGUAAAUUAAUGUUUACUUUAUGAAAUAAUUUAUGUUAGAGCUAACAUUGGCAUUCAUAUAAAAAUUUCAAUUAAAUUAUAUAAGUGCCAAAAUUAUUUGUGUUAAAUUCAACUUGCCUGUCUAUAUACAUAUUUAUAACAUUGCUAUACAAGUAUAAUUGGCGAUAAGUGUAUUGAAAAAUAACUUGUAUAACUUCCCAUUUGGAUACAUUCUAUCAAUUCUAGUCUGAUUCUUCUAUUGUAACAUUUGUAGGUCCAAGUAUGAAAAGAUUUAAUUAAACAUGUUCUGUGUAAUAUUUUAAUCCUUCGAUAAUUAUUCCUACGUUUUAACCCUAUAAACUUCCUUAGCAAUCGAUAGAUGAGAAAACAUUUUAGGAUCUUUAAAAGUAAUGUAAGUAAUCAUUUUAUCUAAAUAACAAUUUUAUUUUAGUUAAACAUAUUAUGUAAUAAAUAUUGUAGUAACAUUAAUAGUAAUGACUCUCGGUCAUUAUGUAACAUUUAAUUGAAAUGAAAUUACGUGUCGUCACAAACAAUUUAGUGUUAAGUUUUUUUUAUGAGUUUGCCAAGCUUAGCUUGUUUUUUUUUAGUUAUUGCACAAUUUUACAUCUGUACUUAUAUCAGAUUAUAUGCUCCAACUUUUAUUUUUUGCAAUAAAAUCUGUGAUAUUAUAGUUAAAUUACAUUUUGAUUGGAUAAAAUGAAAAAUUAUGCAGUAAACGAAGUACUAAAAUUAGUGUCAACGUGUGAUUAUUGUCCAGACACUCAAAGCAAUUAAUUUACAAAUACAUAAUGGCGAGAAUACAAGAUAGUACUUUCAUCUAUUCUCUGUCAAGUAUAUUUUGUUCUCACUUCUUUAGUUUUUAUUAAAAAUUUAUAGAUAAUAAAAUUUAUUUGUAUUCCUAGUUUCUUAAUUGCUAACCAGGCUGAUAGGAAUGUUUUUCUAUAAAAAAUAUUAUUUGCAUAGCUCACUGCUCAUAAACACCAUAUAAUGUAUUCUCGCCAUAAAGCAUGUAAAAGCUUAACAGUGAUACUAACUGCCAUUUUAAAAUUUAAAUAUACAAGUGUAUGAUGAUACAUAUUAUACAAACUAACCUACCAUUUCGGAUGCUUGAAGAUUUACAUAUUUUUAGUGCGUUUUAACUUGCCCUAAUUUUUUUGUAUCUGAUUUAAUAGCUUUAGUCUGUACCUGCCACAUGAAAUAAGUUAAAAUAUAGUUAUGGCAGUAUUAUGUGACACAGUCUUAUGUUUAUUUUAAAAUGUUUUAAUAGUAGUCAUGAUAGAAAAAUAAAUGGAAUGAAUGAA